AUGGACUGCCUUGGACAAUUAGCCAAGGAAAUUUGGAAAUGGGCACUCGACAAAGGAAAGAAGUGGUGCUAUUUGCGUGGUAGUCUAAGCUCGCUCGACACGAAGUUGCAAGGAUUAAGCGCAAGGAAAAUUGACUUCGAGUCGCAAGUGACAAAUGCAGAAAGAUCAGGUACUAAGAAAAGGAAAAUGGAGGUUGGGAACUGGUUUGAGGCGGUAGCAAAAGUAGAGGAUGAAUUCGGUGAAUUGGAAACGAGCAUACAAGAGGGUGGAUUUCUAGAAAAUGCAUUUAGCGGUGGGGAUAGAGUGGCGAAAAUGGACAAGAUUGUAGACGAAUUGAUGGGGAAAAGUGAGAAAUUUGGUGAGCUUUGCCUUGACGAUUUUGAGAGCAGAGGUGAGCCGCGAGUGAGAACAAAAUUAUUUGGAGAAAUGUUUCACAAAGGUCUGGAAACAAUCACGGCAUGGUUGGACACCGAUAGCAUCUCAAACAUUGGGAUUUACGGGAUGGGCGGUGUGGGUAAGACUACAUUGGCGAAUCACAUCUAUAAUCAUUUCCUCGAGAAAACUCAAUUCACGGUUUAUUGGAUUACUGUCUCUCAAGAAUUCAGCAUCAGAAAGCUGCAAGAUGACAUUGCUAAACGCCUUAGGCUUGAUCUGUCACAUGAGAAUGAUGAGGAUAGCAGGGCAGCCAUUUUGUCCAGGGCAUUGGUGGAGCAGUCUGUCCUCAUACUCGAUGAUGUUUGGCAAGAACUUUUUUUUGAAAAGAUUGGAAUUCCUCUCGGUGCAAACAAAUGCAGAGUGAUUUUUACCACUCGCUCACGACAAGUGUGUACAGAAAUGGAUUGUCAAAGAGAACUUGAAGUGAAAACUUUGGAUAAAAAUGAAUCAUGGGAUUUGUUCAAAUCCACACUCCGUCUUAAGAAGGAGCUUCCAGCAGAUGUAGAAAAGGUUGCCGAGUCCGUCACAGAAAGGUGUGGUGGUUUGCCUCUUGGUAUUGUCGUAAUGGCUGGGAGCAUGAUAGGUGUGACCGACAUCGAAGAGUGGAGAAAUGCAUUGGUAGACUUGAAUAGAGUAGAGCACGGUAAGAUGGAAGAAAAGGUGUUUCGCAUCCUGGAACGGAGUUUCAAUCGCCUGGAUAAAUAUGAAAGGAAUUGCUUCUUGUAUUGCUGUCUUUAUCCGGAAGAUCGGAAAAUAAGAAGAGAGGGACUAAUAGACCUCUUUAUUGGGGCAGAGCUGAUGUCAAAACGGGGCUCAAGGUCAGAAGCAUUUGAUGAAGGUCACACAAUAUUAAACAAACUGAUUAGAGUUUGUUUGCUGGAAAAAACUAAAGACUGUGUGAAGAUGCAUGAUUUGGUCAGAGAUAUGGCAUUAAGGAUCACAACGCAUGGAAACUCCAAACCAGAGAGCAGCAGAGAUGAUGUACCACGAUUCUUGGUGAAAAGCUUAGGACAGGAAGAUUCAAAAGUAACAACACUGGAACAAGAAGAGUGGACAGAAGAUCUCCAUGCGGUUUCCUUCUAUUCACAAGAUUCCAAAGAAAUAGAAAUUCCACCAGCCUGGUCACCAAAUUGUCCUAAGCUCUCAACCUUGCUUCUCUCUGAUGUUUACAUAGAAGAAAUCCCAGAUUCAUUCUUUCGGCACAUGUGUGGACUUAAAGUUUUGAAUCUAUAUGGAUGCUUUGGUAUAACAGAGUUGCCUAAUUCUGUUUCAGAUAUGGUGAAUCUCACUGCUUUGAUUUUGGGGGAUUGUAGACACCUCCAAUCCGUGCCACCACUGGGAAAGCUCAAGCAAUUGAGGGAUUUGGACCUAUCCAACACUGAGAUUGAGGAUUUUCCUGAAGGUUGGGAGUCACUGGUCAACCUCGAAAGGCUUAACUUGAACAAGUGUUCAAGGUACAAGUUAAUGAUCCAGAAGUGUUGA